AUGGCCUUGCCUCCGUCGUCUCCUCCAUGUCUCAGAAAUCUCUCUCUAUCACCUUAUCCUCCUCCCUUUUCUCGCCAAAGCAGCUUCCUCGUUCCUCGCGUACGGCCUCUUGGCUUCCGGAGUCAUAGACCGAGCGCGCUCCGGGAAUGGCGGGAGUACGAAGACGCUGUCAGAAGAAAGGAUCUCGCCGGGGCUCUCAGAUUUCUCAAAUCCAUCGAAAACGAUGAAAAUCGUGAUGCGGUCGAGUCUAUUGUCGCGGCUCCGGUAACGGCUCAGUUAAGCGGUCUGAGAGCUUUUGAAUUGGAGAGGGAUUGGCAGGUUUUAGAUGCGUGUUUGAAUGCAGAUGAUAUGAGGCUUGUUGGAAGUGCAUUUAGGUUUCUCAAGGAGAGAGGUCUACUUGCUAACUUUGGCAAAUUCAGCAAUAUUGUUUUGGAGGGAACAAGAGAGGUUACACCUACUGUCCUCAAGUCUGCAACUGGUUUGGAAGUGACUAAACUUGCACCAAAGAAGUGGGGUCUUUCUGACGGCUCUAGCAUUGCUCUGGCUGCUUUUCUUGGUGGAGUCUCCUAUCUUCUUUCUCAGGAUAUUGAUCUGCGGCCAAACCUUGCUGCCAUUUUGGGUCUUGCUUUUAUGGAUUCAGUUCUUCUCGGUGGUACCUGUUUAGCACAAAUAUCAUGCUACUGGCCUCCACAUAAGCGUAGAAUCAUAGUUCACGAAGCGGGUCAUCUUCUUGUUGCAUACCUCAUGGGCUGCCCAAUCCGUGGUGUGAUACUGGAUCCGAUAGUUGCCAUGCAAAUGGGGGUUCAAGGCCAGGCUGGAACCCAGUUCUGGGAUCAAAAGAUGGAGAGUGAGAUUGCAGAGGGACGACUUAGCGGUAGCUCAUUUGAUAGGUAUAGCAUGGUACUUUUUGCUGGUAUUGCAGCUGAAGCGCUAGUUUAUGGUGAGGCUGAGGGUGGGGAGAAUGAUGAAAAUCUGUUCAGGAGCAUCUCAGUCCUUCUGCAACCACCGUUAUCCGUGGCUCAGAUGUCGAAUCAAGCCAGGUGGUCUGUUCUACAAUCUUACAAUCUGCUCAAGUGGCACAAAGCAGCACAUAGGGCCGCUGUUGAAGCUCUCCAAGUGGGAAGUCCUCUUAGUCUUGUGAUUAGAAGAAUUGAGGAAGCCAUGUCUGCUUGA